AGUUUUACACGGUUGCAGUUCUUGUUGUCCAGUGAAACAAGUAGAUGUAGGUGAAUGUUGGAGUUUGAAAUUCCCAUACCGCGCUUCACGUUCCCCUUUCUUGUGACCUUAGUUUGGGUCCAGCCUAUGUCGCUUGCGACCACGUACUAGUUGUAGACAUACAGGAAAAUAAAAAUUAUGAUGGGUGUUGCAAGAACGUCAAAAAAUCUUCCGCCACUGGCGGUCGCUACUUCCAUCAUCUUCAUCUGCCAGCACAGCUAUGUCAGGGCUUUGAGCUACCAACCUUCCUCACUCCCUGGAGGUGACAUCAGCGGGCAAGAAAAACCACAAGACGCAGCAGAUGUGCUGACCACGCCCCGACUACGCGGCGGAGCUGGUACCGGGACAGCGGAUCGCGUUUUAGUGGCGCCUUACGAGGCCGCGGACUACCAGCAGGAGGUGGAGUAUGCCCAAGAUGGCGACGCUGCGUUUUCCCCGGAGUCGGCACUGCUCGAGGCCGUGCCGGUGGACCUACUCGCUGGCUUUUUCGGGAAUCGGGGAGGUCAAGCACCAAUCUGGGUGCCGGGACUGUAUAGCGUUCUCAAACGUUUUUACACUCUCAGCUGUAGUUACACGGAUAAUGUGUCACGCAAAACUACCUGAAGCCGCCAAAUGAGCAAGCUGCUUCGCAUGACAAAUUUAUGAAGGGCUAAAAAACACGUAUCUAAAUCAGUGCCAAAUCAAGCUUCCCCCUUCGACUGUAACUGUUGCUGUCCUUGCAUUACAUGCAACAUAUCAUUAUCAUGUAACAGUUGAGAAUGUAUUAAUAACGUUUGAGAACGCCAUAAAAUGCCACCAGGCUUGGAGGGGUUGCUUCUGCGGCAGGCAGCAGGAAGCGGGGCUCCACAGGUCGUUCAUAUGUCGUUUGUAUUUGAUAGGGUUUGACUUCCUUUACUGCAGCAGAUCUGUACGUUUCUUGUCCAUUCUUUUUUUUUUUGAUUUGCACGACCGUGGACAAAGAACGCUGCGGCCACCGUGUCGUGUAGUGCUGCCGACGCUCGUGCUUUUUUGCUGCUACAAUUCCUGCGACCAUUGCACGACGAAUAUUAGAACGCAGUUUUUUUACUAUCUUGGGUUGUAUGUUCUUGCAACUACACGGAACCUACACCAAGAUGAAGAUCAAAGUCAUUAUCAUUAAAAAUAAAAAUGCACGAGAAUUAUAGCAGUUAUGCUUUGGCGAGGCUUCGGCUUCGGCUUCUCUCGACUUCUAAAGCAGAAAGCUAUAGCUAAAGGACAGAACUAGAAGUUCCACCAGCUCUGCUGGUAGUUGUUGGCUGUAGUUACCGUCACGUGCGAAGACCAUGUUGGAAAGCCAAAUUGUUUUACUCCACUACAGGUUGCAGCCUUCGAUCCGCGGGUGCACCACCAAUGCAAGCAGCUGGACGAACAAGGCCACUUCGGUAUGCAGCUGACAAAAUUGUGUACCAGCCCCAGCAUAGUCUGUCAGCAAGAUAGGAAUUAUAUUGCUACACAGGUCAAGCAACUUGAACUUGCAACUUGUGAAGCCCCUCCCGCCAUGACAGCCUACUGCUUGUGAGUAGGUAAGUUGGCCGUAGCGCAAUCACAAACUCACCGAUCUCCUAUGUUAAUUAGAGCAGGAAAACUUUGAGAACACUUCAGCGAAGACAGAUCUGGCCUGCUGGGUAGGGGUACUACGUUUUUACCUUGGAUUUUCUGCCCGGAAACGACAACGGGACUCGACGACGUUACGGCGCUGAACGAGAUGGCGAAGAAGCAGAACCCCGCGAUGCGGCACAUGCCCGACCUGAGCGCGCUCGCCUUGAGCGUAUCAAGUGAAAAAAGUGUCUGGGUCUGGAAGAAUACAAACUUGUGAUGCGCAUUUCAGAACACAGAAAAAUCCUUCAUGCAUAGGCAGCAAAAGUUGCCCACUUUCUGUCACCAAAAUCAGGGAUUUGUCAUGCGGAUUCGGCAUUGCGAACGCUUCUCGAAACCUGUGAUGCUAGAGCUUCCACGCCAGACCUUCUGCGUCAUGCAAAAACAGCGCGACUCUUCCAGACCCAGACACUUUUGCAGUUGAUAGAGCGUCGGGAGUACCCAUGCCUACGUCGUACACACCGGCGUUAUGCGCGCGCUGGUGCGGCAGCGCGAUUACGAGCUAGUGCAAGGGCCGCUUACGACUACCGACGCCGCUAUCCUGGAAAACCGAUGGGGCACCGAUUUCAUCCUCAAAUCCUACCCCGCGUACGUGUUCGGCGCUUCAGGCGGAUCUUGGUUCUUGAGCGCGUUUUUCUACAGCAGCGAAGAGAACAACUCGGAUCAAAGUCUGUUGGACGGGGACGAAUUUGGAGUGCUUUACGGGCGGGAUCUGCAGCCCAGUUUUACCGACCCGGCUACCGUGUGGAGCGCGUUCACGCAGCGUCACGGCGCCGGACCACUACACGACUCCAAGCACGUCCUGAAGACGGGCGCGGGCGUGCUCGACCUGUUUCUCACCACCUCGCACCAGCAGGGGCUAGACGGCACGGGGCGCGAGAUGUCCGCCGACAUGCUGAUGGAGGUUUUCAUGAAUGCGAAAAAGUACGGCGGCCUGGCCCGCGUGUGGGCCAACUUUGUGCACCGCACGUACUUCCAGGGGCUAGAGCAAACCACCGACCCCACCGCGGUGCUGCCGCUCUUUGAAUUUUCCGCGCCGCCGGACCAACUGCUGCGCAACAACACCCUGCUGCCGUACGUGAUCACGACCGUGACGUUGAUGCGCGACAUGGACUGCGCGCACCACUCCUGCAGAGACGACAUGCCCUUCCUCGUGCAAGAGCACACCCCCUACGGGGUCGGGCAGCCGAACCUCGGUGACAACGAGGGCAUCUACGGCUUUUUCCCAAGGCAGUGCCUGCAGCUCACCGCGGCCCCCCGGCUGGCCUACCGGCACAUGACGCCGGCCUGGUCCGCCGCCUGGUCGUCGACUGUGCUGUCCGGACCGGUGGACGGACUGGUCCACAAAAUCAAUAGCCCCUUCUAUCCUGAGUAAAAACGUCCCCACCUCCCCAUAGUCCUCAAGAUGCAAAAAAAUCUGCUACGCAAAUCCCUAAGCUUUGGCUGUCGCGCAUGAGAAAUUUUUUGGGUUCGCAGUGUAGUCGUGUUUGGCUAGUGCAGCGGCAUCACAGAUCCGCUUUGUCAUGCUGAUUCGAGCAUCGCAAAGAAAUCUCAAGUCACCACUAGAAAACGCCUCUCAUGUGUCUCCGCAUGAGACAGAGCGCUUUCCUUUUAUUUGCGCACGCAGAUUUGCAUUACAACUUUGGGCCUGGGGCGGGGGCGGGGACGUUUUUACACAGGAUACUUUCAUCCGGGCCAUGGCGAAAGACCUGCCAAAAAUUAUCACACAGAAAUAAGCUGGCAGGGCAUAUUUGUAUAUGCAAAAAUAAAUACACAAAAAAAUCUGCGCUGCAUAUCCGAAACAGCAUGCUAUGGGGCCACCCAUGACAAAUUUCUGUGUGUGUUUAUUUUUGCAUUACAAAUGUGCCCUGCCCGCUUUUUUCUCUGGGAUAAAAAUGCUCACCUACACCGUUCAGACUGCGGAAAACUCAGGUAUGAUUCCGGACUUUUCAGUAUCACGUUUUCCACUUUGGUGAAGCUUCUAUAGUUUAAAAAAAAAUCCGAUGCUUUGAUGUUUUAUUUGUGUGUGGCGGAUCGAUGGAAAAAGCUUGGUCUACUACUUCCAGGUUUUGAAAGCGGUGCUUCGUUCUCGGGUUGUUGUACUUCUAGAUCAACUUAACAAAACAUACAAGCAAGGUCAAUAUGUAAAAACGCAACAAAUAACAAAGCGAGCAACACGACUGCCACCUCUAGAUACUCCUUCAAUUGCGGAGGCAAACCGGUUAUGCAUUGCAAAAGCAUCGUACUAAUACAAAUCGCAAUACAAGUUUUUUCAGAAGGAAAAAUGGAGUUUGUAAUGCUGAUGUUACUAAGAAACAAGAUUUGUCAUGCAUGGUUUUUUUUUUUUCAUUGGGCCCCGCUAUUUUUCGCAUAUAAAUUCAUCACUAAAGCUAGGAGGAUUUGUCAUGCAUGAUUGCAAUUAGUACGAGUACGAUACUUUUGCAAUUCAUAUCGGUACCUAGUCGGGGACGGGGGGAAUGCGGAUUCUACCAGCGUCCCGACCGCGUUGCGGCGCGGCAUGAAACGUAUUGUCGCAGUGCUCGCAAUAUCAAAUACAAUUGUAUCGUACUAGAACUAGUAUGAAUGCAUUACAAAUUUCCUCAGCAUGAGAAAUAGAAUUUGUAAUGCGGAUGUAUCUUAACAAAAAAAUUUGCAAUGCAUGAUUGCAAUACGAGUGUCAUACAUUUGCAAAGCAUACGCAAACGACGGCGGAUUGAAUGCGGAUUUGCACGGGUACGCGAAUCUGUCGGAGAGCCAGAAACGUCCCAUCGAGAAUUGGAGCUACUCCUCCUGCGACGAGGAACUGGUGCAGCAGGUGCCCUAUCAACUGCAAAUGUGUCUAGCUCUGGACGAAGGAUCCAGCUUGUGAUGCUGUCUUUGGAUUCUAAAAAAAUCUGUAAGUAUUGGAUGACCAGCAAGAGGAAUCCAGUUUGUGCUACGUGAAAAGGGUCUCCCUCAUGCGGACUAGACAUCAGGAAGCUUUUUCAAAAUCUGUGAUGCUAGGGCAGGCAUUUCAGGCGUCACGGUUCAUGCAAGAUAUGCCUGACAAACCUGGCAAUACCAAUAUUAUUCCAGACGCAGACAUAUUUGCACUCCAUAUGCCCAUCAGUCUGCGGGCCUUGUUUGGUUACACCGACAAUCACGUGGAUCCGAACACGAGCGAGUCUGAAAAGCUGGUAUUUAUUUUUUGUCAAUGUCAUGCAGUAGCAGUACUACUAUCGUAUCUCUGGCCGCUCCUGGUGCUGGUGGUCAUGGUAUCUAUAAUUAAUCACAAAUUAAUUUUAAUACUUGUUCAACAAUGUUGAAGAUGGUGCCUUCAUCCACUAUUGGCUUUUCAAUUUCAAUUUUGCAUAGUAGCGAAUUUUUGACGGACCACGAUGACGACGAUGAUCACGCCGCCACGGAGGUAGUUUUUCUGCGAAGGCGAAGAUGAACAAAUGUUGAAAUAUGAAAAUCAAAAUUCUUUUAUAAUUCAGUUUGAGAAGUUCGGCAUGGUCUACACGAAAAACCAAGUUUUCGCCAAGGCUGACCUUUGUCCCGUGGUCCGCUGGCUCGUCGCGAUCCGAGAAAAGAAUGGCUACGUCGCGACCUUCGAACUCACCACGGUCCGAAACGACCACUUUGGGAUUCCAGAGGGACACGUCGUGGUGAUCACCUUCAUGAUAGGCAGUACAAACUUCCCGAUCACCCCCCCCGUGCAUGAUCUACAACAUGAACGAAAUGCAUCACAAAUUUCGCCAAAAAACUUGGCGCAUGCUUUGUCACUUGUUAUGCUGAACAGGCUCGAAAAGGCCGGUUUUGUCAUGCAGAAACAGCAUUGCAAACGUAGUACAGGAAAUUUUUUACUGUGGAUACAUGCUGCUGUUCCACAUUUUGCCCCCCGCGCCGACCCAGGGGGCUCUGAAUCUCGCCGUGCCGCCCGGCUACGCGGCUUGGUUCCAGCGCGGUGGCAUCGGCGACCAAAUCGAAACCUUCCCCGUCGACGUCUCGGGCGACCGAGACAGCAAAGACGAACGUACAACGUGGUGCUUCAAAAAUUUAAUUUUUAUUUGUGGUCUCAUUAGAUAUAGUUAUAGAUUUGAAUUUGAAACAGAAACGCGGAACUACCUUUAAGAAAAGCGAGCUGCACGAUCCUUUUGCAAUGCAUAAAAUCAAAAAUAAAUAUAAAACGCAGGCGGUGAAGAGAUGCGAAAGGGCAUGGCCGCUCAGAUCUUUGAAGAUUCUGACGAGGCCGCGGCCGACAAAUUGGGAGGAGCGCCGGAGGAUCCUCAGACACAGGCUGCACACGCGGCGAUGGAACGCAUCCGCCUUGUUCCGCAAGAAAACCUGCCGAAAAUCCAGAUGCAGCUGCACGCCGCCACCAGCGUAUCCAGGGAAAAAACUGUAAGUGUAACUCUGUAGGAAGAGGAGCAUCACAAAUUCGUUUUGCAUUACAGGGGAAACCUGUGAUGCGCAGCUACUACGUGGAAACGCGUAUGAACAAAGUGGUCUAUGACGCACAUCCAGCACGACAAGCGGAACUCUUUCGCAUUUUCUGCAUCACAGACUUACACUUAUGCAUUUUUUUUCUCGCAUACAGCGUCCACUGGGUCGAGGACGUCGUCGUCAACAGUGCGCUAUCCUGUGCAAAAGUUGUAUCGUACUCGUACUUCUUCUAAGUGCGUUCAUGCAUUACAAAUCUUUCUUUCAAGGCAACUCCGCAUUACAAAUUUUAAUUUGUAACGCUAAGUCAAUUUGUAAUGCAUAAAUACGAGUACGAUACUUUUGCAGUUCAUAUGCGCCGAAAUUCGCGCGGGCCUAUCUGAAAUCGCACAUGGCCAGUUGGAUCGCACUGCACCCGGACAACGAGAAGCACUUUCUGUUCGACAUCGCUGCGGUGAAAUCGCAGGUGCGCUCGGGGGUUGCCGUCAUCGUCAACGGGCACCUUGAGGUGGAAAAGGCCGCUGCGUCGUCGAUAGUGCCAACCGCGUCGUCGAUACUGCCAACCGUGUCCUCGGCUUUGUCGACAGUGUCAAAUGUCGUGUCACAACUGCCAGGUUGGCACUAAGUGCAGUAUCUCUUGUUACAAGUAAGUUUACAAGUACAAGAAGUUGUCUCGUCAGAAGUUUUUCAAUUGUUCUCGCAAGAAUAUUGUCAGAUCACAAAGAAAUCAGAAUCACUCCGCUAUUUACCUCAUGAGCAAAUUCAUUGAAAUUCAAGAUCAUCGGUGUCAAAGAACUCGAAAAAUAUCCUCAAACCGCUUGUAAUUGAAUGGCGGCGUCGACAUGCCUUGUCUAUUUUAUAUUUAUAUGUUUGUCGUUCUUCUCGUCGACCGUUUAUAGAUGAUUCUACUCGCUUGCACUUUUUCUUUUACUCCUCAUUGUUCCGUACUACACUACUAUCUCCUGGUAUUAAUGUUGACACUCGACAGUGGCAGCGAUUUUUGCUAUUGUGUGCCUAUCAAGAACGGAAGUUUAUUCGUGGUCACACUGUAUAAUAUCUUUCAGUUUCAAAAAAAGUUGUACAUGAAACGAGACUUUUUACUUCAGACGCUGCCGUGUCUGCUCGAUAACAUUGAUUUGUCACGAUCAGAAAAUGUUUCUACAGUUGGACUUGGAUUGGAAAAGGAAAAAAUAUUAAUAUGGUAGAAGACUCCUGUCUUAGUCUUUCAU